AUGUCGUGGCUUAAUUUGAAUCAAAGUUUAAGCAGUAUCAAAGGACAGAUCACAAAUUUUGCUUCAGAAGUGUUAACUGAAGCUGUAGCGCCGAUAAAUGAAGACGUAACUUCUGAAAAUGUUGCUUUAACAGACGAACUAGAGACGAAAUGUCAUAAUCAAGAGCUCGAGAUUGCUGAUCUUAAGAAGCUAAAUGAGGAACUUCAGGCCACCCUGCAAUCUGAGAGACUCUUGAAGAAGAAUGGCGUUAAAGAAGAAGAAUCCAGUUGGUAUUGGGACCCGCCCAGCCAGUCUUCGAAAUCAUUCGACCAUGAACUCGAGAAACGCUACAAAUUACAAAUACAAGCAUUGCAAGACGAAAUAUCCACCAUAAAAGACAGAGCUGUUCUUGAUGACAGAGCUGAUAAUGAUGAAGAAUUAAACAGGCUUAGAGAAGAAAACAAAAAUCUCACGAGUAACCUCGAAGAUUUGGAUAGCCAACACCAGAUAGCAAUGGAAAAACUUCUUACACUAAAAAAAGAGUUGCAGAAGAAUUUCGAAUGCUUAAAAAGAGAACACGAAGAAUUAAAAAGUGCUAAUGAUGAAUAUUCAGAGGAAAACAAACAAUUGCUCGCCAAGUUAAGUGAAAGAGACCAGGAAAUAGAUCGUAUCAAAAACUCCCAACUCGAUUAUGAUACGCUUUACCAUAAAUAUCAAAACUUAGAACGGAUACAUAGCUUAUUAAGGGAAAAUGCUGAAAAGUUUCAGGAAGAAAAUCAAGAGCUUCAUGAAGAGGUAUUUAAACUACAAGAACAGGUAACGAAAUUAGAGCACGAUGUCGACAUUGCAACAAAAGAGACAGAAAUGUCAGAAGUUGUUCCUAAAGAAAAAUAUGACGAGUUGCUAAAGAAAUUAAGUGAUUUACAAGAAAGACGGACAACAAACCAAGUUUAUUUAGAUGAAAUUAAUAUAGAUGACAAUGCAAAAGGCGUCAUAGAAACUUUGAAACGGGAUAUAAAUGACCUUAGGCAUAAGCUAGCUGAACGUGAAAGUACCAUUGAUAAUAAAACAAUCAAGCCGGAGAAAAUCAUGCAACUCUAUAAUAGAUACGUUAAUUUUGAUUUACCUGUUGACUAUGUUGGAGAAAUGCCCUCAACUGACAAUAUUGUUUUAUUUAAACUAGAAAGCGUAUUUAAAACUGUAAAUGCCUUCAAGAAAGAUGUCGAAACAUUAGAACAAAAGCUAUCUGAGAAGAAAUUAAAUAUCAGUCGUUUAAAAACCCAAGUGGAAGAUCUUACAACUGAAAAUGAGUAUUUAACGACUGAUAUUCAACACUUUGAAAGUGAAUUGGAUGAAAUGAAAAAGAAUAAUGAUUUCCUUAUUUCCGAAAUAGCAGCAUUAAAAAAUACAUCAAAAUUAGAACCAAUUAUAGAAACCCACGAAGAUAAUAUAGUGAAGUUAGAAUCUGAACUUGCCGAUUGUAACAUGAUAAAUAAAACAUUUGAAACUGAAAUAAAAAGGAUAGAGAAAGAACUGUCAGAGGUCAAGUCAGAAAAGGUUGUUCUUCAAGAAAGCUUAAGUGAUUUACGAAAAAAAUACACUUCUAUGAUAAAUGAAUUAGAAACUUGCAAAAAUGAGACAAAAGCAGUCGAAGAACUUGAGAUCAAUGCGAAUGCUUCGCAAAAUCAAAAACUUUUGCAGGCUUCUGAUGACAUAGAUGAUUUGAAAAAACGCUUAACCAAUGCAAAUUCGAAAAAUGAACAGUUAGUUAUUGAUCUACACAUAAUUGAAAACGAUAAGGUUUUACUGACAAAGGAAGUUGAUGAGUUAAAGAAUGCGUUAGCAAACAAGUCUUGUUCAAAUAAGGAGUUAGAAUCCUUGAAAUCUGUUUUAGAUCACAAACUUAAAGACUUGGAAAGUAAACUAGAUGUAAUGUUAAAACAUAAGGAAGAAUUAGAAAGUGAAAACGUGAACUUAUUAGAGAAAGUUAGAGUUUUUGAAGCGGAUAAAAAUAAACUUGUGGAUUUGGAAAAACUUCCUAAAAAUAAUAGUGCGGAAUAUUCACACAAUAUAGAUGUUUUACAUAAAGAAAAUGCUCUAUUAACUCAAAGAAUAACUAAUUUAAAUAACGAGGUUUCGAUGUUGAGGCAUGAAAAGGAUGAUUUAAUAAAUGAAAAUAAUUAUUUGAAACAAUCCGAAAAAAAUGAAAUAGAAAAUGUCUCUGAGCUUAAACAAAAUCUUUCUGCAUUGCAAUUAAAAGCGGAUGAGUUUGACGCUAUAAAUAAGCAGUUUUUGGCACUUAAAGAAGAAAAUCGAAACGUUCUUAAACAGAAGUUACAUGUUGAGACAGAGUUGUCAAACACCGAUGCUAAAAUUCUUCAGUUUGAAGGAGAAUUUGAUAAGCUUAUUGCUGAAUUAAAUUCAAAAAAUGUAAUUAUUGACACACUGAAUACUACGCUUAACCAAAAUAAAGAUGAAUUAUCUUCUCUUACUCAUAAAGUAUCGGAUCUAGAAAACAAUGUUUUACACAAAGAUGCGGAGAUCCAAAGCCAUCAAAGUUCCUUAAAAGAAGUCACUGAAAAGUUAAAUAAUAUCACUUUAAGCUCAAGUAGCAGUCAUGAAGAGCUCAAAAAAUUACAUUUAGAAAAAGAAGAAAUAAACAAACAAUUAUAUUCCGUCACCGAUGUUAUUAAUGCUAAAAAUUCUGAAAUAUCCUCUUUAAGUAACCGUAUAGAAGAACUUAAUAAAGUCAACUCACAGUAUAAAGCAAACUUAGAUAAAAAAGAGAAAGAAAUCAAAGAAUUACAGCAAUCUAUAGUGGAAAUAACAGAAAAAAUAAAUUCAGAAACUACGACGAUUCACAACGAUGAUUAUGCGAAAGUAGUAGACGAAAAGAACGCUGUCGAAAGAAAAUAUAAUGAAAUUAUCGGUCAUAUUGAUAUAAAAGAAAAGGAACUCUUGGAAUUACGAAAUAAAUUACAAUCAUUGGAUAACACGUGUUUAGACUAUAAAUCUAACCUGCAAAGAGAAGUAAACGAAAAGGCAGAAUUAAUAAAGUUAGUCAGUCUUAAGCACAAUGAAAGCAUACAAUACCAUGCCGAAAUCCAACGAUUGAACCAAGUACUAGUGGAACAAAAUAAUGAAUUUAGGAAAAUAGUCACUGAAAAGGAUACAUUACUUAAAGAUUGCACAGAGAAAUGCCAAAAUUGUGAAAAGUUACUUUCUUCUGUUAAAGAGAAAGAUGAAAUAAUAAUGUCUCUUAAUCAAAAUCUUAGCGAUUUUGAAAAAUUAAAAAUAGAACUGUUUACAACUAGCGAGACUGUGCACAAUUUAACUACCAAAUGUGAAGAUUUAGACAAGAGUCUGACGAUUCAGUUGGAGACCGUGAAGAAAUUGACAGCAGAAAAUAUACAGUUGUCAGAAAAGGAACAGAACUCAACUCGCGAGCUAGAGCGAUUGCGCCAUCACUUGAUGGAAACAGAGGAAAGUUACACCCAAGAGUUGAUGAUAUCAGAACAGAAACUAACUGAGUGUCAAGCGAGGUUACAUCAAGUUGAAGAACGCGCCAAGCAGACCAGCACCGUAUACACUAGCAAUAGCAUCCGAGCAAACCAAGAGGUGGAGACCCUCCGAAAUCAAAUCAAACUUCUAGAAAAACAAAGAGAAGAUGUACAGGCCCGACUUGGUGAAGCGGAAGAUGCAAGGAGUCGAAGCGAAGCCGCACUUACAAACCUCCAAGUUGUACUGGAACAAUUCCAACUGGACAAAGAACGUGAUAUUCAAGCUGCAACGGAGAAAAUAAGAAACAAAAUGGAAGAUGUCAAGCAUCAAAAUCUUAACCUUCAAGGCGAAAUAUCUCGACUGAAUGCCAAGUUGGAGGAAUCUAUCGCGGGUCUUCAAGCGGCGUCGAGGCUUGGUGAUCAGGUUGAAACUAAAACUGCACAAAUUAAUGAUUUGAAGGAACAAGUGCGGACGUUGCAAACGACUAUAGCAGCAGCAGAAGAGAGAUAUUAUAACGCCAUAUCAAACCAGCAGGACAAAGUCGACAAGAACUUAGUCAAAAAUCUAGUUAUCAACUAUGCGAUGACCGCUGGGCAGAAUAGUUUGAACAGAACACAAACCCUGAGAAUCCUGUCGUCAGUUUUAGACUUCAACAAGCAAGAAUGCGAGAAACUAGGUCUGGUAAAGUCCUCGACUGCACCGGACAGUCUGGCCGCUGAAUUCGUUAAAUUCUUGCAAAAUGAAUCAAGACCACGCCCUCCCUUACCUGAUAUGACUGGCUUGCAAGGCAGGAGUACUCCUAGCACAUCCAGGAAGAGUUCCACAAUAGGUCCUCACCCAGUCUUCGACCUGGGGCACCGACGGAACCCAUCAACGGGUUCAAACAACUUGUUAUUCCAGAACUUGGACGCAGCAGAAACGGCAUCCCAGAAGUCUGUAGAUUCGGAAUCCAGAGUUAUUCCAAUAACCACUUUAGACACAGGAAUUAAUCAAACGAGAAAUAACGAAGGCGCCAUUUUGAAACAUGUGUUGAAGGAUAUAUAG